AUGUCCGAGCCGGAUCUGAUCGGGGCGGUUGGCAGCCCAAACAGCCCCGACAGCGUGCAUCGACAGGCCGCCAUUCUCGACCGCCAUCUCCCCGAGGGCUACUCGGCCGACCCAGAGGUCAGCCUGGCCAACGGGCCCGUCGAAGUCCCUGUAGAGCCCAUCGUCGGCUCUGCAUCAGCGAGCCAACGCGGUGCCUUUGACUCCCCUGCGACAGCCUCAGCGACGGAGUUGGGAGGCUCCAACAGCAAUGGCAAUGGGAACAAUGGCAGCAGCGAUGCAACACCAACCCUCGAGACGCUCGAGUCCUCGCUCAAGCUCCAGGGCGGCGACAUCCAUCGCGACAUGUUCAAGAUCAAGGCCAAAGCCGGCUCCCUCCGCCGAUCCAACACCUUCUCCCACCGUCGCUCGCCCGACCUGAGCCCGGCAGGCGAGUUGACGCACUCCGAGCAGCUCGAACCCGGCGGCUUCAGGCGGCAGCACCUGCGUCGUCGAGCUCGACAGAGGCGGCAGAGCGGGAUGAUUGUGGCCAACACCUUCGUGGACUUCCUCGACCUAUACGGCAGCUUUGCCGGCGAAGCGCUCGACGAUACGGACGAUGAUGAUGAAUCUGCCGUCACUGAUGAGGCGGAGGAAGCCGCUGACGAACGGCGUCCGCUGCUUGGGAGACCGAGGGCCGAUCGUCGGAGAAGCUCCCGACGUCUCGGCCGUGAGGGUGACGCGAGCACAGUCAAGACCUUCUUCACGCUUCUAAAAGCUUUCAUCGGCACAGGCAUCCUAUUCCUGCCCAAGGCGUUUCGAAACGGAGGUAUUCUCUUCUCUUCGCUGGCGCUUAUCUCCGUAUCCCUGGUCAAUUGCUUCUGCUUCCGCUUGCUCCUUGACUGCCGCCACAAGUACGGCGGUGGCUAUGGAGACAUUGGCGAAGCCGUCGUUGGCCCCCGGUUCCGAAGCUUGAUCCUCGCGUCGAUUGCCAUCUCUCAGCUUGGAUUUGUUUGCUCGGGCAUCAUCUUUACUGCUGAAAACCUCUUCUCUUUCCUCGACGCCGUCACUCAUGGCCUCGGUCACUUGGGGGUCUCGGGUCUGAUUGCGCUUCAGUUCCUCCCUCUCAUCCCACUGGCCUUGAUCCGCAACAUCUCCAAGCUGGGCCCUGUCGCUUUGGUAGCGGACGCCUUCAUCCUCAUUGGACUCGUGUAUAUCUGGUACUACGACAUUGGAAGUCUCGUCAGACACGGCAUGGAGCCGAGCGUCAAGCUCUUCAACCCUUCCGACUUUCCCCUGACGCUGGGCUCGGCCAUCUUUACAUUUGAAGGCAUCGGCCUGAUCCUUCCGAUCCAGUCGAGCAUGAAGAAGCCCCAUCACUUCAAGGGUCUCCUCUACUUUGUCAUGCUCCUCAUCACGGCCAUCUUCACAUCGGUUGGAGCACUCUGCUACGCGACCUUUGGAGAAAACACCAAGAUUCAAAUCAUCUCCAACUUUCCCCAGGACUCGCCUUUUGUCAAUGCAGUCCAGUUUCUCUACUCGUUGGCCGUGCUGGCCGGUGAGCCUGUGCAGCUGUUCCCCGCGGUCCGUAUUCUGGAGACGUCGAUAUUCGGAGAACGCGCCACUGGUAAAAAGAGCGCGGCAAUCAAGUGGAAGAAGAACGGCCUCCGGACCCUGACCAUUGCCGUAUGCAUUGGCGUGGCGGUGGUGGGAGCGAGUGAUUUGGACAAGUUUGUGGCGCUGACGGGGUCUUUUGCCUGCAUCCCUUUGGUCUACAUGUACCCGGCAUUUUUGCAUUUCAAGGGCGUUGCUGAGAGCAGGUGGGAGAAGACUUUCGAUGUCGUGACGAUGGUGGUGGGAGCAGUUGCCAUGGUCUAUACGACAUCCGUCAUUGUGUUGCAAUGGAUUCAAGGCUGA